CCAAGGCUAGCUACUACGCUUAGUAAUAUGUCAUUAUCUUCAAAAAUUAUUUCUAAAGGGUAUCCCAGAAUGUGGUACUGACGCUUUACGUUUUGCGCUCCUGGCCUACACAAGUCAAGGUAGAGACAUCAAUCUCGACGUUCUUCGUGUUCAAGGCUAUCGUUUCUUCUGUAAUAAAAUUUGGCAAGCGGUGCGUUUUACCCUGAUGCAGCUCGGUAGUGAUUACAAAGCAGAACCUUUCAAGAUUUCUGGUGAAGAAUCGAUUAUGGAUAAGUGGAUUCUAUCGCGUGUUGCGUAUGCAGUCGACCGUUGCAAUAGCGAUAUGGAAACAUACAACUUCACUCAGUUUACUACAACAGUCUAUGAUUUCUGGCUCUAUGACUUGUGCGACAUCUACCUUGAGUCGGUCAAACCAGUGAUUGCGUCAGGAAGUGAUGAAGCUCGUAAGGUUGCGAAGGCUACACUUUAUCAUUGUGUUGAAACUGGGCUGAGACUAAUCAGUCCUGCCAUGCCAUUUUUGUCUGAGGAACUCUGGCAACAUCUCCCUCAUCUGAAAACGCAUCCUCCAUCCAUAAUUGUGCAUGAUUACCCGGAAUCCUCUCAGUACUGUUUCAUCAAUGAGAGGAUUGAAGCUGAUGUUGCGUUCGCAAUGAGCGUGAUACGAACAGUUCGAUCGCUGCGUUCGGACUAUGAGUUGACAAAUAAAACUAAGACUGACUUGUAUGUGUCUGUUAGCGAUGAGAAGGACUAUCGAUGUCUUACUUCUCUUAUCUCUCUCAUUGAGACACUCGCUUCAAGCAACAAGGUGGAGGUUCUGCUACAGUCUAACAUCACUGCGGAAAGCAUUCCCAGUGGCUGUGCUCACGUUACGAUUUCAUCCAGAUGUAGUGUCGAUAUUGGACUUCAGGUGAAUUUUAGAGGUCGGCUCUUGCUUUCAUGUCUAUUAUGUUUGUUUUUCAAGGGUAUAAUCAACGUUGAACGAGAACUCGCUAAACUAUCUGGUAAGAAGGAGAAGAAUGAAGCUUUUGUGGCAAAAUUGCUUGAACAGGAAAGUCGUCCUGACUACGAAGAAAAAGUCCCACUUCCUGUUCGCAUCGCUAACACAGAGAAGGUGAGCUCAUUAUCUGUUGCAUUUAUGUAG